GCUGGUCUACACAUUUUUUCCGACAAUCGGUUGUUCAAACAAAUUUAUUUUAUCUGUUGUGUCGUUUGUCUUAUACGAUGAUCGGUUGUUUGAGUCAAGAAUAAACGUAGUCUGAGACGGUAGUGCACGACUUUCAGAUCUUGAAGAAACACACUGACACUCCACAUUCCCGCCGCCGCCGCCGUCGCAACACAACCAGAGAGGAAUGACGGCAUACGGUGCAGUGAAAUCUCUGAGGAAUACAAUUGAUUAUAUUCUCCAUUCUUCUCAUUUUAGGCUUGUUCCCCACUCUCGAGAUAUCAUAAAAUUGGCCUACAAGGAGUUGCAGCCCUUGCAAGAAAUGCUGGAACGAUUGGACAGCACAAGGACGAGCAAGAGCAGAAAGGAGGUGAAUGCUUUGGAUGGAAGAAUCAAAGAGAUACUAUUGGAAUUCGAAGACUUAUUGGAAUCCCUUGUCUACCAACAGAUUCAUUCACAAAUUCGUGCAGACCAAUUAUAUGAAGAAAUGAAAGACAGAGUAUGCAAAUUCGAAGCGCUGGACUAUUUCAAUCCUAAAAGACUGCUGCACUAUGCCAAACACAAAGGAAGAAAAUCCUACAUGCCAAGAUUCUCCAUUGAUCUGCAAUUCCUACAACACGAUGUUCCAUCCUUCAUCCAGAGGCUCAAGGAUAUGAAGGAGGAAUACGUUUAUGAAGUAGACAAUAUGCCUGAAGACGACGACGAAUUCUCAAUAACUAGGACCAAGUCCAAGAUGAUUGGAUUAUCGGAUCAAAUCCAACAAAUCAAAGUGGAUAUUAUGUACAUUCAUCAUGGCAGGAACAAUUACAUCACACUCGUUGGAACUGCAGGCGUUGGGAAGACGGCUCUUGCUGAGGCAGUUUUUGAAGAUCCAGAGAUCACGAGCCAUUUUGAUCAUCGCGCAUGGGUCACGGUAGGCAGAAAAUCUCAAUUGGAUCAAGUCUUACAAGGCAUACUAGCUCAAAUGUUUGGAAUCACACAAGUAGAUGACGAAUUAGGUCCAUACUUGAAAAAAAGAUUGCAGGGCAAGAGAUGCCUCAUUGUGCUCGAUGAUGUAUGGGAGAGACAGAUUUUGGAUUCCUUGUUAAUUUUCUUACCUAAUAUACUUGAUGGAUCAAUUCAUCUCUUGGUUACUACUAGAGAUCGAAACAUAACUUUCUCAAAGAAUCGUUCUGUAAUAUUGGUGCGGUUUCUGAAUGAGGAAGAAAGUAAGGAGCUACUAUGCGAGAAGGUGUUUGGUGAAAAGAUUUGUCCUUUUCAAUUAGACAAAGCCGUUACUAAAAUCGCCAAGAACUGUGAAGGUCUUCCUCUUAUGAUAGUCACAGUGGCUGACAUCCUAUCGAAAGAGCAAAAUGCAGACCCCAUAUAUUGGGACGAUGUAGCAUAUAUGCGAAAUUCAGUCUUCAAUGAUGCAUAUAAUGAGAUAUCAAAGGUACUUUUCCCAAGUUACGACUACUUACCUCAAUAUCUUAAAAUGGUUUUUCUGUAUAUGGGAGUCUUCCCUCCAGAUUAUGACAUUCCCAUAUCCAGGAUCAUGAAUAUGUUGGCUACUGAGGGCUGGUGUCACAACACAAAUCUGGAGAAUUCUGUCUGGGAAUAUUUGGAAGAGCUUUGUACUCGUAGGAAUCUUGCUUUAUACAAGGGAAGGAGUGUUUAUAAAUUUAGGUUGGAGUACUGUUAUCGCAACUUUAAAACUUGCUUCCUUCAUUCUUCGUGGCGGUAUGUGUGUAGACGAGAGGCUCGGAGGAACAAGUUUUAUCAUGUUUUGAAUAAGCUUGUUGAAGGCUUAGAAGAUGGUGUAAAAGGUCAGCGUUGCUUGUGUCUUGAAAAUAACCUCUUAUUUGGCAUCAAAGAAUUUUGCAACUCCUUGAGACUGAAUUGUGCAUCCUCUACACGUUCUCUCCUUUUUCUUGGUCCAUACCACCAAUACCCCAUCCCAGUAGGUGACAAUUUCAAGUUGCUUGCGAAACUAGAUGCUCUUAAACUUCGUUUGUACACUUUCCCAAAAGAAAUUCUUACACUAGUUCUACUAAAGUACCUUGCUCUAACUUGUAAUGGUGAACUCCCUACAACUAUAUCCAAACUUUUCAACCUUCGAGUUUUGAUUAUUCAUCCGCAUAACAUUAUUAGAAUUCGUAGAGCUCCAUCAUAUAUACCAAUAGAAAUAUGGGAUAUGCAAGAGUUAGAGCAUAUUGAGAUAUUGGGAAAGAGCCUUGUUGCUCCAUGUUAUUAUGCUUCUUGGCAAAAGCUCUCAACUCUUGUAGGUGUGAAUGCCGGCAUCUCUACUAUCUUGGAACUCUCUCAAAAUUUUCCUUGUAUAAGGAAAUUAGGAGUUCAAAUUGAGUUGACGCCUUAUGAUGACCAUAAUGACCUUUUAAGUUGCUUUGGCUGUAUUUCGACACUUGGAAGUUUGAAGACACUGAAAUAUAGUAUCAUAAAUCCAGUGUUUAAAUACGAUCAUGCGUUUCCUAGUUCAUUGAUGAUGUUGCCACGUGGAUUGGAAAAGUUACAUCUGAGUGGCAUGGGUCUUUCUUGGGAAUACAUGGAUGUAAUUGGCUUUUUGCCAUUUCUUGAAGUGCUCAAAUUGCGAGGCUACGCCUUUCGGGGUUCAAAGUGGGAAGCGCAAGAGGAAAGUUUUUUGAAACUUAGGUUUCUUCUAAUCGAAGACAGUGAUUUGGUGCAAUGGAAACCAAGAUCUGGAAGCUUCCCUAAACUUACCUGCCUAAGCAUGAAACAUUGCUACAAAAUAGAAGAGAUUAACUGGCCAUCUGAAAUUUGGCACGGAGCAAUUGAAUUGGUGAACUGCAAUCCUGUAGCUUUGACUUGUGCCAGGCAAUUACAAUUGAGAUCACAUACUCGCAUUGAUGUUACUGCCUCCUUUUCUUUUGACAACGAGAAACCCACUACUGUCAAGUUUCCAUGGCAUGAGCUUUGAUAACAGAGCCGGAAAAGAAAGCUGUUUCGUGAGGCAUCACCAGAACCUUUAGUCGGCGCGGCUCCUUCCCCUGCACGAACUAGAGAGACAGUUGAGGGGCUGAGAGCGGGUGGCGUUCCAAGAAUAGAGAUUUGGUUGGGGGAUUUGGUCGAACACCUUGUGAGCGUAGUCGAUGCUGGAGAAUUGGGAGUGCGAAGGAUUGUCAUAAUUAAAACUAAAUUACAGAUUACAUAAUAUUAAUGUCAAAAUAAAAUUAAGUGGCAUUUUCUUA